AUGUCGGAAAAAGAAGAUCUAGAAAAAGAUAAGGAAACAUAUGCUCCCCCAGUUCCAAAAUCAGUCUCUGAAAUUGUUGCUGCAGACGCUGAGGAUGAAAGUCUGAACAAAUAUAAAGCACAGUUACUUGGGGAAGCUAAAGCCGGUCCAGUAAUAGUUGAUGCUUCAAACCCUAAAAAUGUAAUUGUUCAUUCAAUCUCGCUUGUAGUCAAGGGACGCGAUGAGAUUACCAUGAGGUUGGAUAAAGGUAACUGUACAACCACUGACUCGCUGCCGUGGCUUUUUACAGAAGGUACACAGUAUCGUAUCCGAUUCAACUUUUAUGUCCAGAGGGAAAUAUGCGCCGGCUUGAAGUACAAGCAAAAAGUGACCCGACAUUCUAUUACAGUUGAUAAAGACGUUUUAAUGAUGGGUUCUUAUGCGCCGAAAACUGACCUUCAGUCGUUCACUACACCAGUUGAUGAAGCCCCCUCAGGGAUGGUGCAUCGUGGAGUUUAUAAAGUGAAGUCCCAAGUAACUGACGAUGAUAAUCAUGAUUGGUUGACGUGGCAGUGGACUUUGGAGAUCUCCAAAGACUGGUGA